CCAACGCACUAAACACUAGAUAUAAAUGUAGUGUACAGCCGAAAUGUGACAUAUUUGACCUAUUUAUAUCGUAGAAAUUUAUUUUUAAACAAUACAGUGUACAAAUAAAAGCAAUACAAUAAUAAAAAAAUAGUUAACAUAAUGUCAAAUUAUAUAUAUAGGUAUUUAGUGUGACCUUUUACAGCUACUAGAGUGAUUCCAUAUAUUUUUUAUUCUAAAUUCAAUUUAAUAAUAGUUUCGUAAGUAAUAAAUGAACGUGAAACCCCUUUUUAAUAUUAUAACAUGUUAUUUACUAUAGAGUUUAUUUGAAAUUAUUAAAUCGUUUUAAAUAUAUCCUUGUUAUUGUUAAAAAUAUAUAAAUAAUUUCAUUCAUAAAAAAUGUCAUUUGUAAAAUGCUGUUUCGAAUCCACCGAAGGACAUGAUUUUCUAGAUUCAUUGGUACAAAAGUGCACUGAUCCUGGAUGUUGCUGCGGAUGUUGCUCCGCGCUCCGGCCGCGCUACAAGCGGCUGGUGGACAACAUCUUCCCAGCGUCUCCUCAAGAUGGCCUGGUCAAGUCCAACAUGGAGAAGCUUACGUUCUACUCCCUGUCCAGUCCGGAAAAGCUGGACAGGAUUGGAGAGUAUCUUUUCCAAAAGGCUUCACGGGAUAUCUACCGUCGAAGACAUGGAUUCGUGAUAAUAGCGAUGGAAGCGAUGGACCAGUUGCUGGUGGCGUGCCACUCGCAGACCCUCAACUUAUUCGUAGAGAGUUUCCUCAAGAUGGUUCAGAAAUUGCUCGAGUCUACUGAUCCACAGCUGCAGAUAUUGGCUACACAGAGCUUCGUCCGUUUCGCGAACAUUGAAGAAGAUACGCCAUCGUACCACCGCCGUUACGACUUCUUCGUCUCGAAGUUCUCAGCGAUGUGUCAUAGCAAUCACAAUGAUAAGCCGACACGGGAGAACAUACGGCUGGCCGGGAUACAGGGGCUGCAGGGCGUGAUCAGGAAGACCGUGUCUGAUGACCUCGUGGAGAACAUUUGGGAGGCUCAACACAUGGACAAGAUUGUACCAUCGCUGCUGUACAAUAUGCAGACUGCAGAAAAAUAUGAAACGGUCUCCUGCAUGGAGACGGACACCCGGGACGGCCUCGACGAUGACCCGCCGCGCCUGGCCGAAGCGUGCCUGCGCGAACUGGUGGGUCGCGCCUCGUUCGGGCACAUCAGGAGUGUACUCCGACCUGUACUCACGCACUUCGACCGGCACGAACUGUGGGUGCCGACCGAAUUCGCCGUGCACACGUUCAAGAUCAUCAUGUUCUCAAUUCAGGCGCAGUACUCGUACAGCGUGGUGGAGGCGCUGCUGCAGCACCUGGACGCCGGCGUGGGCACCCGCGUGCGCGCCGCGCGCGCCGCCGUGCUCAGCAGCAUCGUCGCCUUCGCCGCCGGGGACAGCGUCGGUCCAUCUGUGCUGGAGAUCAUUAACAACCUCCUGACGAACUUGCGAGCGUCCGUCGCGAGGGACUCCGAGAAAGAAUCAGACGAGAAAUUAUAUCAAGAGGCAUUGAUAAAUGCGCUCGGAGAAUUCGCCGACCACCUCCCGGACUUCCAGAAGAUAGACAUCAUGAUGUUCAUCGUCAGCAAGAUACCGAACCAGCGCGGGAAGGGAACGAAGGCGGACUCCAUGCUGCAGAGCAUAUUGUUGAAGUCUCUACUUAAGGUGGGCAGCACGUACAGGACGACGGAGCUGAGCAAGGCGUUCCCCGCCGCCUUCCUGGACGCGCUGCUGCGGCUGUCGGGCGCGGGCGAGGCGGCCACGCGCGCGCUGCUGCAGCGCAUCCUGCACACGCUGCUCGACCGCCGCGGGAACGCCGCCGCGCUCGCCGCGCCCACGGUGGACUACGCGAAGCUGGGCCUCAUCGUGGAGAAGUGCUCCCGGCCCGACCUCAUAUUUAUCAGCAAACACGGAUACGCCAUCUUUAGCUCGCUGUACGACGGCCUGCAGCUGGAGUCCAACACGGCGGAGAACGUGUGCGCCAUCUACACCACGCUGGCGUUGCUGUGCGUGGAGCUCGCCUCCGAGGAGACCGUCUGCGACAUGCUGCAGCUCAUCCUGUCCAUGCAGCAGUCGGCGCUGAGCAACCCGGUGCUGUCGACGGCGCAGGCGUGCCGCGUGCACGGCGCGGCGCUGGCGCUGCUGGCGCUCGUGCCGCACGUGCUGCUGCUGCCCGCGCUGCAGGAGUACGUGGCGCAGAUUAUAGAAGCUCGACGCGAAGAAGCUCCUCAUCUCUUACCGCCUCUGCUAGAGGAUUACGACUUGUCGCCAUCGAAAAUGCCCAACAAGCUGCCCUACCUCAUGAUCGAUCAGAUGGCGCUGGCGGAGUGCCUCAAGGCGUGCGGCGUGGAGGCGCGCCUGCAGCCCGCCGCGCCCUACGCCGGCGCCGCGCUGGCGCAGCGCCACAGCUGGGUCGAGGCGGGCGCAGCUCAAGGCAGAGACAGUCUGGCGGACAUAUCUGCCGGACCCAACGCGGAGCUGGACAGCGCGAACAGCUCGCCGGGCGUGCAGCGGCACUGCGGCGGCGGCGAGAGCGUGAGCCUGGAGGCGCUGCGGCGCGCCGCGUCGGGCCCCAGCGAGGCGGAGCGCCGCGAGGCGGAGCGCCGCCGCGCCACGCUCAACGACACCUUCCGCACCGCGCCCUUCGACCACCUGCUGCUCAUCACGCAGCCCAAGUACGAGAUAAAGGAGAAACUCGAAGAAAUCUUCAACUCGUUAUCCGAAGAACCACUACUGGGCGUGGGCGUGGGAGGCUCCCCCGCGGGCAAACCAACCCCCUGUACCAAGUACUUCCCCGAACUGUUCCUGUACUAAUGCGAGAGAACAUAUGCUUUCCACCAAUCAAAUAUAUUACGUAGUCGCUUCGCAUAAUAUAUUCUGAACAAUACUAUAUGCUUCCAUUGUAUUUAAUUUAUGAUUAUCUAAUUAUUAAAUAACGUUUAUUAAAAACAUACCGAUUUUUGUCGCAUUGCCAUGCGUAGGG